AUGAGCGCUCCCGAUGCCCUCUUCUGUCAUCGCUGCGGCCAGGAUUGCCAGGAUUCCGGCGUGGACUUCAAUGAGGCGCCGCCGGCUGGGAUGCUGAAGCUUGCCUCAGAGAACACUGGCAAAGGCUCCAGCUGCAGUGAGCUGGAUCCUUCUGCCGCCAAGGAGGUCACAACGAAAGAGCUCGGGAUCAGUGGUGCUAAGUCGGAUGGAGCAGUUGCAAAGCAAGGCUUCCUCCACGAGCUCUCAGAUCAAAUUGCAGCAGCUCUUCGCAAUCAUGCAGCCUCACUGCACAGGCAGCUGGAGACACUGCUGGUGGAGCAAGAGCUGCUCGCCAGGAAAGCUGAGGAAAAGAUAGAGUUCAUGGUGCGUGCAGCAAUGGAUGCCCCCGGCCCAAGCAAUGCCAUGGACUUCGGAGGCCUUCCAGGUGAGGUCUGGCAUGAGCCCACAGUGGAGCCAGCCAUCGAGCCAGUCACUCCACCAGCCGCCAUCGAGCCGAUCGCGCCACCCCGCGAUGAGUUUGUUUCGCUGACGACUGGCAAGGAUGUAUUGGGGACGUGCGAUGGAGGGCUUUCGCUCAAUGAUUCGGCUUCGGCCAUCCUCGCUGCGAUCCCUUCCAUGCUCCAGUCUUCUUUGCACGAACAAGAGCAGUGGCACAGCAGCUGCUUGCAGAAUUGGACAUCCCGACAAGAUGCGCGGAGAGAGCAGGCCUGCGAUUUGCUGGGAAGUCUACUUCGGAAGGAAGUGCCGCUGAGGCGAAGUGCUAGCAGCGAAAAAGGUCUCAGCCGCUUCGGCAGUGGCGAUACGUUGCCCAGUGCCGACAUCACAGAGGUGCCAAUGUCGCCAUCUCCACAGGCAAAGUGCCCAAAUCCUUUGUCCACGCUGGAGUCGACCACCUUUGAAGUCGCCACAACGCUUCAGCUGCAUACGCCAACAUCACCAGCGCCUCCCAAGCGGUCGUGGUUCCCAGUGUUGGAUCCCCCAAACUGCCGGCGAAGCGGUUUCCUCCUCUUGGAGGACUCCAGCCACUACCUACUUGGACGCAUCAUCUCCGGCUUCAUGUUCACCGUUAUCAUGGUGAGCACGGUCUCCUUCGUCGUGGAGACUUUGCCGUCGAUGCAGGAGCGGCCAGGCGAGUGUGCCGAGCUGUUAGCUGCAGGGGAGGCGCUCACUGUGGAGGCUUGCGAGCCAGUUCCAUGGGCAAUCUUCUCAACCUUGGAGGCCAUAUGUAUUGUUAUUUUUACACUGGAAUAUGUGUUAAGACUCUCGCUUUGUCACACUGACGCACGAUAUGGGAGUAGCUACUUGUCGCGGACAUUUCACUAUGCAAUUCAACCUUUGAACGUCAUAGAUGUCGUUGCCGUUCUCCCUUUCUACUUGAAGCUGUCACUGGAAUGGAGCAACAUCGGUGUCCUGAGCAUGCUGCGCUUGAUGCGAGUAUGCCGGCUGCUGAAGCUGGCCAAGCAUCACAAAGGCAUCAUGAUUUGCUGGGAGGCCUUGGUUCAUAGUGGCCUACCUUUGGCCCUUCUCUUCUUCUAUGAUGUGCUCUUUGGAAUCAUCUUUGCGACCAUCAUGCACACGCUGGAAGGCAGCACCUAUUCGGUGGCACCGGAGUUCACGGACCCUUACCUACAUGCGAGAACAGGCAAGCAAAUGCCGCCCAAAUAUCCUACAGGUGUCUUUGUGCGCCCGGAUAUUCGGAAUGCCGGGGUUGAGCCAUCGCCCUUCUUUUCGAUUCCAGCGGCUCUUUGGUGGGUCUUCACUACCACCACGACAGUGGGUUAUGGCGACUUCGCUCCUACGACCACAUUCGGACAGUGCCUGGGCGUGGUGGUAUUCUACUUUGGCAUCAUUCUGCUUGCCUUGCCGAUUGGUGUAGUAAGCUCAAAUUUCGAGCAUGCCUAUGAAAAGCAUCAGGGGACAAGACGGCGACGGCAAUCCUUCCUGACCGGGACGCUCUCAACGUCCGACCAGCGUCGGGUGAGCAUGAGAGCCUCCGGUGACAUGGCUUGGCUGCCGCCCAGUAAGAGCAGCUGCCGAAGAGGCUGCUUCAUUGUGAUGAACGAUCCGAACUCGAGUGUUCUGGCCACGGGCCUAUCCUAUAUCAGCUUCGCCUUGAUUACUGUGACGACUGUCUCGUCGAUCCUGGAAUCUAUGCCAGUCUUCAGCUACACGCCUGAGGGCUGUCUAACCGUGGAGCUGAGCGUGGAGAUGUGCCAGCCACAGCCGGAUCCAAUUUUCGAGCAAAUCGAAGUUAUAGGCACCAUCUUCUUCACGGUGGAAUACGCAAUUCGCAUUUCGCUGGCCCAUGCCGCCACAGAGCAGGAGCUGGGCUUGAAAGAAGAUGCGAAUCAAAAGCCCUCUCAUUGUAGAAAGACGUUCAGGUAUGCACUGCAGCCGUUGAACGUCAUAGAUGUUGUCGCAGUGGUGCCCUUCUACUUGGAACGCAUCGGCUUGGGAGGAAGCAGCACUGCAGUGCUGCGAGUCCUGCGGCUGGUUCGAAUUUUCCGGGUUCUGAAGUCACCAAAGAUGCGGGCAUGUGUUGACAUGAUUCUUUGCAUAGUCAUUGAUGCUCUGCCUGGGAUAGCGUCGGUGUUCUCAUUGACUUGCCUGGUGUGCAUUAUGUUCGCUUCCUGCAUGUUCUACGCCGAAGGUACUUUGUACUCAGUGGACUACGAUCCGGAGGAAUUCCCCAUGGGCGUGUACAUCAGGCCAAGCAAAGAUGGAAGCGAGAUGGAGCCAACGCCGUUCCGGUCCAUCAGCCAUACUUUCUGGUGGUUUUUUGCCACUGCGACAACAGUUGGCUAUGGCGACUAUGUUCCCACCACAACAAUGGGAAAGAUCAUCGCUAUUUUUGUGUUUUACAUUGGCAUUGUCUUGGUUGCAAUCAAGCUGACAAUAGUUCAAGGCUCCUUCAGAAGACAUUACCCGCAACUUGGUCAAAGCAGCCCUGCUUGCAGUUACCUAGUGGGAUGUGCUGCUGGGCUUUGGGGGCUGAGCAAGAUCGCGUCCAAGGCUGUUCAUCAAAUCUCACCAGUAGCAAUUUGGUGCCGCUGCGAGGAGUGUCCGAACCACCAGUUGUCAGAAUCAUGUUAUGGGGCAGCGACGCUCACAAGCAGGCUCUCAGGAGUUCCGUCUGUCAGCCAAAGUUGCGUGGAGUUGGUCUUGGUGGCAAUUCAUCCAAGAGGUGUUUGCUAUUGUGCCUAUAGCCGUGUUUCUGAGCAUGGGCCAUUGGCGCCGGGCUGCGGUUCAGCGCACGUUUCAGUAGCUACCUCACGCCCAAGUCGUGAGCUCGCCUAG